AUGAAAAAGACUUUGCAUGGUGCCGAUGGAGGCACAGAUUUGGUCACGGUGGUGACACUUGCCCACCAGAAUGUCAAUCGGACACUUAUACUCUCCACUCUCAAGAAGAUUAUGGACAAGUAUUUUGAGUUCAGAGAAGAUCUCGGUAGAACAGCCACGGCUAGUGCUCUUGAUGCUGGUGAUGCAGCUCCGGGCUCACCCCAGACGCUGCACGAGGAGUCAAAUCUGGGGAAGUUAGGCGAGUUCAAGCUUUACAUGACCCAGAUCAUCAAAUUCGAGGAAUUGCAAUACGACACGAAUAGAAGGAUGUAUAGUUUUGGGGCCGCGGGCCUGGGAGAUCGGUACUCUGAUCAGGAGCCGGGAGAGAUAAUCACUCCCAACAGCUUAGUUUCUGCAACUGAAGAAGUGGAUGAGGUGCGCUCGUUGAUGCUUGAAAACAUCAACAAAAUUUUGGGAAGAGGCGACAAGAUCAGCUCUCUAGUGGAUCAGACCGAGCGGUUACAAUCAUCCUCAGUGAUGUUUCAGAAGAAUGCGCUGGCGAUCAAGCGGCAGAUGUGGUGGUCAAACAUCAAGUUCUUUGGCAUUUUGGGGGGCAUCGGGUUGGUUCUCUUGUACCUAUUUAUUGGAGUUGAGUGCGGAUACCCAUUUUUCAGCGAAUGUAUCCAUUGA